GCCGCCGCCAGCAGGAAGUGGACGGCAGAGUGGGGGCAACGUCGAAGGCAGUUGAGUCGGUGGUGACUACAUGUGGAUAUCCGCCGGUCGUGACGAGAACAUUCGCGCACCAGGGAGCAGGCGUUGUCGUUUCCUCGCGGUCGAGUCGCGGGAGCUGUGGACGUAUCACGCAACGUAAACGAGAGCGAACCGCCGUCAGCCAUGCAGAUGGACCCGACGACGUUGCAGCUGAUCCAAGUCCUCGAGAGGACCGUCUCGGCGGACAAGAAUGAGCUCGUGGCAGCGCAGACUUUCCUGCAGCAGGCGGCCGAGACCAAUCUCCAUGAAUUCGUGCAACGACUCAGCGCCGUGCUGGUCACAGUCGGCGCGAGCUCCGUCGCCCGCAUGGCAGCGGGUCUACAGCUCAAGAACCAACUUACCUCCAAGGACCCCGACAUGAAGUUUCAGUACCAGCAGCGCUGGCUUACCAUUUCCGUCGAGACGCGGGAGUACAUCAAGAAAAAUAUUUUAGGAGCGCUGGGAACGGAAAACAACAGGCCAAGUUCCGCGGCACAGUGCGUCGCCUACGUCGCUGUCGCCGAGUUGUCAGUGGGGCAGUGGGGCGAAUUGAUUCCAUUGUUAGUUAAUAAUGUUGUCAACCCGUCCAGUACCGAGAUGAUGAAGGAGGCUACUCUAGAGACCAUCGGAUACAUCUGCCAGGAGAUCGAGAGCGAAGUGCUGGUCGCGCAAUCAAACGAGAUUCUUACCGCUAUCAUUCACGGUAUGAAAGGUUCCAGCACGUCAAACCACGUUCGACUAGCGGCCACGAGCGCCCUGUACAAUUCCUUGGAGUUCACCAAAGGAAACUUCGAAAAUGAGUCGGAGCGGAACUUCAUAAUGGAAGUUGUGUGUGAAGCCACUCAAUCCACCAAUACUCAAAUCAGAGUGGCUGCUCUACAGUGUCUCGUGAAAAUUAUGUCGUUAUACUAUCAAUACAUGGAACCGUACAUGGCUCCAGCACUGUUUCCUAUUACGUUAGAAGCUAUGAAAUCCGACAUUGAUGAGGUAGCGCUUCAGGGAAUAGAAUUCUGGUCGAACGUGUCCGACGAGGAGGUCGAUUUGUCGAUGGAGGAAGGCGAGGCGUCGGAAGGUGGUCGUCUGCCGCUAAAAGUCUCGCGGCACUACGCCAAGGGAGCCUUACAGUACUUGGUGCCGGUGUUGAUGAAAAAGUUAACCAAGCAAGAAGAGUUCGAUGACGAAGAUGACUGGAAUCCCUCCAAGGCAGCCGGGGUUUGCUUGAUGUUGCUCUCCUCCUGCUGCGAGGAGGCGAUUGUUCCUUUCGUUCUUCCCUUCGUCAAGGAUAAUAUUAAGAGUCCCGACUGGAGGUACAGGGACGCGGCUCUGAUGGCGUUCGGCUCGAUUCUCGGCGGCCUAGAGCCGGCGACGUUGAAGCCGUUGGUGGAACAGGCCAUGACCACUUUAAUCGAGCUCAUGUACGACACCAGCGUGGUCGUCCGCGACACCGCCGCGUGGACGUUCGGCCGCAUAUGCGAGAUGAUACCGGAUGCCGCGAUCAACGAGACUUAUCUGAAGCCGCUGCUGGAGUCGCUGGUGAACGGCUUGAAGGCGGAGCCGCGUGUCGCCGCCAACGUGUGCUGGGCAUUUACAGGUUUGGCAGAGGCGAGCUACGAGUCGGCCGAGGCGAGCGAGGACGGUAAUCAGCCGGAGACGUACUGCAUGUCACAAUUCUUUGAUUUUAUCAUUCAACGACUCUUGGAGACGACAGAUCGACCGGACGGAGCACAGGCGAAUUUGCGGUCCGCCGCCUACGAGGCUCUCAUGGAGAUGGUGAAGAACUCGCCGCGCGACUGUUACGUUACCGUGCAAAAGACUACUAUGGUUAUACUUGACAGACUGCAACAGGUAUUGCAGAUGGAAUCUCACAUACAAAGCCACUCGGAUCGCGCCCAGUACAACGAUUUGCAAUCGUUGCUCUGCGCAACGCUGCAGUCGGUUUUGCGCAAGGUCACCCCGGAGGACGCACCGCAGAUAUCUGAUGUAAUAAUGAGCGCGCUGCUCUCCAUGUUCAGCUCCAACUCGUGCAAGUCGGGUGGCGUGCAAGAGGACGCGCUCAUGGCUGUCUCGACCCUGGUUGAGGUGCUGGGCGAGGGCUUCCUCAAGUACAUGGAGGCAUUCAAGCCCUACCUCUGCCUCGGCCUCAAGAACUACGCCGAGUACCAGGUGUGCUGCGCGGCGGUCGGUCUUACUGGCGACAUCUGCCGUGCGCUCAAGAGCAAAAUGCUUCCCUAUUGCGACGAGAUUAUGACUCUGUUGCUUGAGAACCUCAGCAAUAACGCCGUUCAUCGUUCGGUUAAACCAGAAAUCUUCUCGGCCUUCGGCGACAUCGCCAUGAGUAUCGGGCCGGAGUUCAAGAAGUACCUAGAGGUCGUGUUGCAGACGUUGGUGCAGGCGUCGCAGGCUAAUGUGGACAGGAGCGACUACGAUAUGAUCGAUUAUCUCAACGAGCUGCGCGAGGGCGUGCUCGAGGCUUACACCGGCAUCGUUCAAGGUCUCCGCGGCGACGCCAACAACUGCCCGGACGUCGCCAUCGCCCUCAUCGAGCCGCACGUGCCGUUCAUCAUACAGUUCAUCACCUCGAUAGCGCAGGACCGCGAACAUUCCGAGGGCAACGUGUCGGCGGCGGUGGGUCUGCUGGGCGAUCUCGUUAUGGUGUUCGGCACCAAGCUGCUGCCCAUGGUGGAGACCGACACCCUCAACGAUCUGCUGUCCAAGGGCAAGAAGUCGCGCACUCACAAAACCAAACAGCUGGCGAGCUGGGCCGCGAAAGAGAUUCGGAAGCUCAAGUCUGCUGCCAAUGCUACGUCCAGUUGAUCACCCCACGGUUGUACUGUCGUACAAUUUCAUUUGACUAGAAAGCUAUCAAACACAAUACAAAGACAACAAGAUUGGAUGGUGCGGAUGCGAGUUGAUGGAUGUGCGUGAGUUCCGAAGCGAUGAUGACGAGAUGAGGUGAUGAGUCUGCACGUGUCCCUAUCUGGCGACGGUAUUUUAUCGAUAUAAUGAUAUCAAGUGUCGAGCGCAGCCCAUGUGAUCCGAGAGAAAGGGAUUUUUAGCGAGAAAGCGAGAAUGAAAGUGAGUGAGCGAGAGCGAGAGAAAGAGAACGCGCGAGACAGAGAGGCAAAAAAGAAAAAAAUAAAUAAAUACCUGUCUGCCGGAUGUCGACAACGGUUGAUGAGAAGUGCAAGUGGAUGUUGCCGAUGACUGAAUCAAGGCCAAGUGAAAAGUCUGCCGAGAAGAGAGUGCGAGAGAUUCUGGUUGCAAGUAUGCCUGGUAUAAACAAGCCUGCGGCUUUUAUCCGCGUGAUUGAGAAAUUUAAACCUAAGAAGAGAGAAAGGGAGUGAGAGAGGGACGACUUUGGUGAACGAUUAUCGUGAGCUGUGAGAGAUAUGAAUGGAAGAAGAUAUGCGGGAGCGUGACAGGAACAUCAUGCGAGGUGGAUGGAGAACAUAUACAUUCAUAUGAGUGAGGGAGAAUGAACGCGAGAGACUCAGGGAGAAUUUUUGAAAUAAAGUGAUAGCAUGUUAGAGAUACGAAAGUGCGAAAGAGAGCGAGCGAAUGAAAGAUGUAGUAUAAUGUAUGGUGUAUUCAAUGUAUGUAUGCAUGUGUGUAUGACAAUAUACGAAUGUGAGAGAGAGAGAGAGAGAGGAAAACGAGAGUCUUUUAUUUACAAUGACUCGCCGUUGACUCGUUGUAAAGCUCGCACCGAGCUUCUCAACGACGCGUAUCAAACUUUGAAUCCGCGGUUUUUAGCGGUCGGGGUUUAGAAUUGCGUAAGAGAUAGUGUUACUUUCCUAUGCAACGGGAAGCUUGAAUGUGCAGCGAGAGAGAGAGAGAAAGAGAGAGACUGACAAUGAGUGUGAAAGGUCGCGAAGAUUGCUGAACGCAACUUGAUGCCCCCUUGAUCCGAUCACGUUGCGCAAGAAUCUGUGUGAUCCGUUGAGAUGAUGCGUAUGUUACUUUUUCCCCGUAUGUGAAUGACUGUUGCUGUUGAUUGGAUAAUUAAACUUAAUAUUUUGAUGGCA